AUGGCACAGAAACCGAUCAGCACGGCUGCAGCCGAGCGCAUGAACCUCGUGGCCCAGGAUGCGAUCUGGAAAUAUCGCCUGAAGGCUGAAAAUGAAGCACGGCAAAACUGGGCCCAGAACUGGGGAUUUUUAUCAACCCCCCUCGAGGAGCUGAUCAAGUGUGAAGAAGAACCAGCCACCUCAAAGCCCAAAAUCGAGCUUCCUGAGCGGUUCCGCAUCCGGCCGGUGACCCCAGUGGAGAAAUACAUCAAGGUGCUUCCCUCCCCCCCAGUCCCGAAGACGACGCAGGGCUUCAUCGGCUGGCGGUCCGGGGUGCCGGGCCUGAACAAGUGUCUGGAGCAUGACUAUGAGAUCAGAAGCUGCAAAGGGGCAUAUGCCAAGGAGCUAAACUGGCCGAAACAAGGCAUAUACUGA